AAGUGGAGGGACCCCCGCGAGUUCCCUGGGUCGGCCGUGGAAGCGAGCGGAGCGAGGCGGCCAGGAUGUCCGGACUGUCGGUCAACGACCACCUGGAGGGGAUCCUCUCCGACUUCGAAGCUCUGAAGAGAUCUUUUGACAUGGAGGACGUCGACGACACUCCUGUGUUUUCUCCGACUUCUCCGCUCAACUCUCCAUUUAGCCCUGCUCCGGCCAAUGCCAUCCGCGCAAGCAAUGGAGAGAGACGAGUGUCUGCAGGGUCCCACCAGCCGCUCUACCAGUCCCGUAUUAGUAUCAGUUCCAGCUGCAGCCCGGCUCAAAGUCCGGUUCUAAAGACCAGAAUCACCAGUAGUUUGUCCUUUAACCGUGGGACCAUGCAAAUGGCCAAAACCAAUGGAAAUUCCAACCAAGGCCUUACUCGGGUCUCUUCUUUCCAAACACGACUGAACCCCACUGGAUUCUCUUCUUCUGCAACUGGAAGCGACAGUGAAAGCCUUCACAGUUCCACCUCCAGCCUAGAGUGCCCACCAGCCACCAAACCAUUUCACCAGAUACGUCCUACGCAAACGUCAGUAGGCCAACAAGGCUCAAGCAUCACCGUUUCCAAUAUUUCUAGCCCCAUCCUGAAGAAGUUCUCUUCUCAUGGCAGCGUAUUUCACUCUGAGGUCGAACGGCCCGGUGUCCACCUUGUUCCAGUGACUGCCGACAACCACAGUUCUCUGCCAUCUCUGGACUUGCAUAUCGCCGAGGACCAUGUUCCGGAUCUGGUCCCUUCUCCAGAUGCUGGAUAUCCACCAUCAGAGGGUUGGAGUUCCCCAACCGAAGGGUAUAAGCAGUCUAGAAGCAGCAAGUCAGUCAGUAGGGAGCCUUCAUUCUCCUCCUCUUCAUCCUCUUCCUCGCCACCCGCUGAUGCUCCCAUUAACUGCACUUCUUCACCGCCUCCUCUGUUUGGGCCUUUGCAACAAACCACUCUCCAGAAAUUCCCAGUUAGUUUCCAAGGUCCAGUCGUAAAGUCUUCCAAUGGUCCUGUCUCAGAACAGAUUAACAAACCGCUGCCAAGGACGCAGCUGAGAGUAAACCUGAACGCCAUACCUGGCCAAGGUCCUCGAGUAAAUAGAGAAAAAAACGAAGUACCGUUCAAGGAUCAACUUCAAGGGACAUCCCUAAGUAGAACCCCAAGUGGCACAAAUUCCAACCCUCAUAGGUCCCCAUUUAUAGGUUCUCGCAUGCGCUCACAAUCACUCCAACAGGAAUCGCUUCCAGACUCCAAUCUUGACCAACCAGCCAAGCAAAGAGAGAUGUCAUCCUCAACUGAGAGACUCCGAUCCAUGAUGCAAAGGGCCAACUCGUUUAAUAAGACAGACAGUGCCUCCUUCCAAAGGUCGUGCUUCCAAGAAGCCCCAGCCGGUCCGAAGCCACUCGCUUACACGGGUGUCUCAACGAAAAGUGUCUCAGAAGCAGCAUCCCAAGCAAAGUCUUCGGUCUCCUCUAGAAUUCAAGGCUACAAUACCCCGCCAUCUGUACCCUGUACUCAGGACAGCCAGUUUAACAGGAGGGUUAAAGAAGAAUCCAGAAACGGUAUCCGCUCUCUUAACCAAGGCCUACAGAAUGAUCGUCGGAGUGAGGUAUCUGUCGAAACUCCUGGAGUCCAUCCCAGCCAAGAUCCUCCAGCGACGUCGAGAUGCACAGAAGACGCGGGCCAGGCAAGCACACAAGUUACAGAAUCCAGGCUUGAAGAUCGAAUCCACAAGGCUCCUGCGGACAGCAGCAAGAUGGAGGAGCCGACCCCCGUCCCGCCAGAGGAGGUGAUGGACCCCCAGGUGGCCGAAGACCCCGGACGGGAGCCCUUUGGCUACGUCGGCAUCGAUUCCGUGCUCGACCAAAUGAGACGCAAGGCCAUGAAAAGCGGCUUUGAGUUUAACAUCAUGGUGGUAGGACAAAGCGGUUUGGGGAAAUCGACCCUGGUAAACACACUUUUCAAAUCAAAAGUUAUCCGGAAAUCACCCGGAUCUGGGAUUCCAAAAACGAUGGAACUCAAGGAGGUCAGCCAAGUCAUCGAGGAGCGAGGGGUGGAGAUGAGACUCACCGUGAUCGACACACCGGGAUUCGGAGAUCAGAUCAACAACCAAAACUGCUGGGAACCGAUCAUUAAAUACAUUCACGAACAGUACGAGAAGUACCUGAGAGAAGAAAUCCUGGUCAACCGAAAACGCCGGAUCCCGGACUCUCGUAUUCACAGCUGCAUCUACUUCAUCCCCCCUACAGGGCACUGGCUACGACCCCUAGACCUCGAGUUCAUGAAGCGUUUGGGCCGCAUCGUAAACGUCGUUCCCGUUAUUGCAAAGGCUGAUACCCUAACCCUGGAGGAGAGGGAAGAAUUCAAACAGCGGAUACGGAAGGACCUGAAGGCUCACGGGAUCAGCGUGUAUCCUCAGCCCGAGUUGGAUGAAGACCCAGCAGAUAAGAUGCUUAACGACAAGAUCCGGGAGAAGAUCCCUUUUGCCGUGGUGGGGACCGACGAGGAGCAUCAGGUCAACGGGAAGAAGAUCCUCGGCCGGAAAACCAAGUGGGGGAUCAUAGAAGUGGAAAACACGACGCACUGCGAAUUCGCUGACCUGAGAGAUCUGCUGAUUAGAUCCAAUCUUCAAGAUCUGAAAGAUAUAACCCACAAUAUUCACUACGAGACCUACAGAGUGAGCCGACUGAACGAGAAGAUUCAGGGCAGCCCAACGUAUGUGAAAGAUCCCGCCAUCUUGUGAAGCCUCUCCAUGACCCUCAAGAAUGUUUAACGUGCCUCCUCAAUGGACAU